GGGCUUGUUGCUGUGCACUGUACGAGAGGGUUUCACCAAAAGCACGUUCCAGUUUCCACAAGACGGGCUCUGCGCCAUUGUCACAUUCGACUCGCUGUACACGAGCUCAGGAAACACGUUGCAGCCGCCUUAUAGCGCCGACCUCGAGUAUUUUUUGGAGACGGCGAGGCAACACCGCGUCACCGAGUACGCGAUCGGAAUCGAUCACAGCGUUUGCAGGAGCGAAGCCAGAAUGAGGGCACUUGCGGCUAAUGCCAACACCAAACUACAUUUGAAUACGCUGUGGGACCAGCGAGUCUACCACUAUGGCCAAGUAAACACGCCAAUGAGACCCGGCGGCCGCAGUCCUGGUGGACUCGUGGUGGAAUCAGCGAGAGGCCUAAAGAUAAUUUCGGACUUGAUGAACGACAGGAAAGAUCCCAUGUUGAGACCCAGUUACACGAUACUACAUUUCCCGCUGCACUCCGAGAAAUCCGCCCCCUACGUUGCUGAGGCACUGAGGAGUCAUCCGGUGGACGUGUUGGUCUUCAUUGCAUUCCACGCGGAGGAAGACUCGAACUACAUGAAUUGCCGCAUGGUACCACCGACCAUACGCUCCACGCAGCUACUGCAUCUUUACAACAAAGCUGAGUACCCUAUUCGUUUGGACACGAUUAUCUCUAGCUUGGCUUCCAAGCAAGCUCAGUGGCCGGCCGCAGUUUCGUUCGCCUUGGCCUUGGGGAUGGGCGGCCGUUGGUACGUGCCUAAGAACCCGCCUGCAAACGUCUCGCUCGGUGACGAAUGCGCUCACAACCACUAUCCAGCUGGCGACCAGAUCGUCAGUAUUACGAAGGCCUGCUCGAACCGGGGAUUCAACAGCACGUUCUACCACGACGCAACCUAUGAAGCCUCUGUCGCGUAUGACAGCUCCCAGAACUGGCUUUUUACAUACGAUAGCGCCGUUUCGCUUCGAUCUAAGUUAUGCAAGAGCAAGCGGAUAGCGGUGGAUGUCGACUACACCUUGGCUGCCGUCAACAUUCAGUUUGAAGACUCCAUGAACAACUGCGGCUUCGGAGUUUAUCCCCGGCUCACCAUGUUGAAGGCCGUGGCCGGCUUUCUAACACGAAAUUACACGUCGGCCGCCAAAGAGGGCGCGUGCAUGGCGCUUGGCUAGUAGCAGACCUGUGCAUUACAUCGUUCAUCGUUCAUCUCCUUUCGUGACAUUUUACUUAUUCAAACAACAUGUCAAA